GCGCUUACUGCUACCAGUUCACAUGACGAGACAUGGUUUAUUCAGUCUGUGUGGCUGUAUGACCGACAGCUAAACGCGUUUACCGAGAGAAUACCAGCAGGACGUGCUUUAGGAUUACUAAACAACUGGUUCCUGCAUCUUUGGACAGCAGAUACACGCAAACAACAACAACAGUGACGCCUCGCUUUAAGCUAACGCUCCGUCAAGUCAAGUGCAGUACGUUGCGUAGACCCACCUGCGCCCGCAGCGCCGACACAACACCACCUUUGUGGGCUCGACGCCAUCUAUUAGCCAGGAAAGAAAGAGAGGAGAACUGUGACCGGAAAAUAUGAAAGUCUAUUACUCUUCCGCCGCGCUUAUCAUCGCCUGGCUUGCGGUUUUAGGUUGCAUUCAGGCUGUUACCCUUGAAGUGAAGGAAGGGAACUCCACCUGCAUUAAGGCUGAGCUCUCUGCAUCCUUCUCCGUCACAUACAACACCUCCAGCAGCACAAGAACCUUGCAGUUCCCUCUUCCCGACUCUACCACGGUGGAUACAGCCAGCAGCUCCUGUGGCACAGAGGAAAGCUCCCCGUGGCUGGUGGCCGUGUUCGGGCCCGGCCACGCGCUCGGGCUGAGCUUUUCGACCAAUGGGAGCCUGUACAGUGUGGCUAACCUGACGCUGCAGUACAACCUCAGCGACACUUCUACCUUUCCUGAUGCCAACAGCUCAGGUGUAAUCACUGUGGUGUCAGCUUCAGUUGGGAUCUCGGCGACGCUCAACACCACCUACCACUGUGUGAGCCCCUCCACUUUUGCAUUAGGUGGAGCGACUGUCACUUUCUCUGACAUGAGGCUGGAGGCGUACAUGCCAGGAAACGAGCUGAGUCCAACAGAAAGCAUAUGCAUGGCAGAUCCGACCAGCACUACAGCUCCACCUACCACUGCCGGAACAACAACAACCGCAGCUCCAGCCCCCACCCCCAUCCCCACCCCCCCAGGAACACCUGAGCGAGGCACCUACUCUGUGAACAACGGCAACGGCACUCUGUGUCUCAUGGCCCAAAUGGGACUGCAGCUCAACUUCACCUAUUUCUCUCGUUCUCAGAAUAAGACUGUCCAGGAAUUAUUAAACCUGACUCCCAAUCUGACAACUUCAUCAGGCUCAUGUGAAGCCAGCAGUGCUUCCUUGGUUUUGACACAGGGGCAAAUCACCACGCUCAACUUCACCUUUACUCUGAACUCCACAAGCAAAAAGUACCACCUGAGUGGAAUAACCCUGCUGGCUGACAUGGCUGAUGCCACUGCUCUCAUCUCUGCCAGUAACAGCAGUCUGGACUACCUGCGCAGCACCCUGGGACGCUCCUACAUGUGCAACGCAGAGCAGACUCUGGCUGUGGUGCCAAGCUUUUCUCUCAACACAUUCAGACUGCAGGUCCAGCCAUUUCAAGUCACCACUGACCAGUUUUCUCCAGCGGAGGAGUGUCAGAUGGACCAGGACCUGAUGCUCAUCCCCAUCAUCGUCGGAGCAGCUCUGGCCGGCCUGGUGCUGAUCGUCCUCAUCGCUUAUCUAAUAGGAAGGAAAAGGAGCCAUGCUGGAUACCAGACCAUCUGAGUGGACCCCUUCAUUUCACUUCAGCCUGACAGACUGGGGGGGGGGGGGUGGUGAACCAGCGUGUGAGAAAGAGCUAGUAAUACACUGUGGACACGAGCAUGACUGAAUGAAAGCAGUUACUCUGGGGCGAGAGUGCAUGUUUUUGCAUAUCCUAUGUGACCUCUGGAUAUUUUUCUUUCACUUUCUCUGUGAGAUGAUGAGAAGCCAAAGGCCUGCUAGUUUUAGACAGUGUGCAACUUGAUGAGAGUCUUCAGAGAAUCACUGAGGGAGGCAGUUUGAAUUCGCUGUGGCAAGUCCAUUGUAAGCUGUUUUCUUUUGUUCCAUUAAGUUCUAGGAUUUGGUUGAAUUGCUUGAACUGCUGUUUUUAUCUGUCAUUAUUUAUAAAACAUCAUGAAAUACCCCAUACAAAUAAAGAGGAAUUUGUGUGCAAGUAAAAACAUUUUUAAAGUUAGGUGGAGUUACUCCUACAUGCUUAUUAUUUGUAAAGCUUAUGAGCUAAAGAUAAUCCUGUGCCAAGAAAAGGGAAAGCUCUUAUUGUUUUCCAGCCAUAAUACUCCACAGUGAAGACUGUCCGCAAAGCGCACUGAGGCAGUUUCAUUCUGAUUAUUAAACACAGCCGGGUUAUUGUUAUGUGCAGAGCUGCUUUGUGUGAACAAUGUGUUGUGGUUCGACACAGUGUGACACUUUGCAUUACUAAAAUGUAUUUAAAAUCCCAAGUAAUAAGGUGUAUGGAUUAUUUUUCCAUUCUUGCUUUCCCCGACUCUCUUGAAAGAUGUGUUAAUAUAAAUUGUGAUUUGAUCUUUUAUUUUUAUAGAAAAUGGUUUUGAUCUCGUUUUCUAUUAUGCAUCCUACUGAAAGUUAAUUAAAAUCUUAAAACUCC